UGGAAAUAUCUUCGCCACGUGGCAGUUCACCAACAUUCCGCACCUUCACUUCGUCCACGUCAUCAGCCGCGGUCAUCGCGCUUCCAUCCCACCCAAUAUCUUUCUUUUCCUUCUCCUCUAUAACGUCGGCGUUAUCUGCUUCUCCACCGUCCUUUCAGAUUGGUCAAUCUCCUUUCAUCUUCACAAUAGAACACGACCCACCUUCAAGAUUUUUCCCCCCGUUUUUUGGACAAUUUUUGUUUUUUUAGAUAAAUUGUUUAUCCUAAUUUCGCUUUAAGGUUUAACAGCGGUUUAAUUUUUAUUAUUAUUGUUAUUAUUAUGACGUAAUGACGUAAUUCCAAUGUUUUGUGUAAUGACUCCAUGAUGGCGAUUUGUGAAGUUUCUCACCUGUGUCAGCGAUUUAGCACGAAGAAUACGAUGCGUCGUUUCUGGUUCUGGAUGUUCAUGUUUGAGCAACGAUCUUGUGUGUGUAGGGUUACUGCUCUGAAGUUUUGAAUUUUCAGUAAAUUAAAUCACGGAAGGUCUCAGUAAGUUCUUCAGCUUAGUUAGGGUUUGGAAGAUACUUACGAAGAGAAAUUGAAUCACUUCUUGCAGGGGUUGGUGUUUGCUCUAGAUCCAUGGUUAGUUUUGAAUAAUUUGUGUUGAAUUUGAACUGAAUGGUCUUAGAAAGUGAUUGUACGCCAUUAGGGUUAGAGUUGUUGUAGAAAGGGUUUUGUCUGAGAGCGCUGUGGAUAUUUGGUCAAGGCAUUUGCUAGUCUUUCUUGUAUUCAUUGUAUAUAUCUAGUGAUUUGCAGUUGCAUUUGGGUUGGGGUUCGUGGAGAUUGUUGGAUGUGUGCUGUUUUUCUUUGGAUGAGGACGGGUUAUAUUCACUGUAAAUUUAGGCAUUCUGGAUGACAAGGGUUGUCCAGAUGAGUGUCGAUGGCGACAGCAAAGAGCUGAAAGAACUGAGUCAGCGCCUACGAGAUGGGAAGAAGAUUGCUGGCGGGGAACACGAGUUUUGCGAGGGUGAUGAAGUGAAAUGUAAUGGAUUAACUGAGGGAGUUAAGGCUGGACAGGAGGGGACUGUGGAGUCCUCUGCUCAGCAGCAUAUUCCACAACCUCAAGGGGCAAUAAUAUGUUGGGAGAGAUUUUUGCAUAUUAGAUCCCUUAAGGUUUUGCUUGUGGAGAUUGAUGACUCUACUCGUCAUGUUGUCACUGCACUGCUUCGCAAUUGUAGUUAUGAAGUUAUUGAAGCAGCUAACGGAUUGCAAGCUUGGAAGAUAUUGGAGGAUUUAACCAAUCAUAUUGAUCUCAUUUUAACUGAAGUGGCAAUGCCUGGUUUAUCAGGCAUUGGUCUUCUGUACAAGAUUAUGGGCCACAAAACUCGGAAAAAUAUUCCAGUAGUUAUGAUGUCAUCUCUUGAUUCUAUGGGUUUAGUCUUUAAGUGUUUGUCAAAGGGUGCGGUUGACUUUCUAGUCAAACCCAUUCGGAAGAAUGAGCUCAAAAACCUGUGGCAGCACGUUUGGAGAAGAUGUCACAGUUCUAGUGGGAGUGGCAGUGAAAGUGGAACGCAAACACAGAAAUCUGUAAAAUCAAAAAGUCUUGAGAAGUCUGAUAAUAAUUCUGGGAGCAAUGACGAAGAUGAUAAUGGAAGUGUAGGCCUGAAUAAUGGGGAUGGAAGUGACAAUGGUAGUGGCACUCAGAGCUCAUGGACCAAACGUGCUGUAGAAGUUGAUAGUCCCAAACCUGUCUCUCAGUGGGAUCAAAUAGCUGAGUGCCCUGACAGUACUUGUGCUCAAGUUGUUCACGCCAAUGCUGAAAUCGGUGGGAACAAGGUGGCUCCCCUGGGUGCAAAGGAGUGUUCAGAACAGAAGGAACAACUUGUCAACUAUAUCAAUGAGGUUCCAGUCAAAACUGCAGGUUCUAAGCAUAGCGCUGAUGCCGCCCCCUCUAAACCUCUGGACCCUAAUUGUGAAAAUCAAUCAAUCAAGCUAAGGUGCAAAGGUUUAUCAUUGUCUGAAGCCAUUACUGGCAGUUCUGAUUAUCAGAUGCAUAGUGGAGAAUUUGAAGCCCUAAAUAAAAGGCUGAAGUGCUCAGAUAUUGAAAAUAAAGGUACUAAUAAUGAUGAAGAAUUGCCAUCUCUUGACCUUAGUUUAAAGAGGCUUAGAGGAGUUAAAGAUACUGGUAUUACAAUUCAGGAUGAUAGGAAUGUCUUAAGACGUUCUGAUCAGUCUGCUUUCUCAAGGUACAAUGCAACCUCUAACGCUAAGAAAUCUCCCACUGGGUGUGUUGGAAGCAAUUCUCCCUAUAAUAAUAGCUUAGAAGUUACAAAGAAAGAUUCAUCUCAUGAUAUUCAAUCUCAUUCAAGCGGCAAUCUACCUAACCAAAAUUCAAAUGGUGCUAGCAAUAACAUUGAUAUGGGUUCCACUAGUAAUAAUGCUUUUGCUAAAUCUGCAGUUAUAAGUGAGCUAGCAGUGGCUUCAACCAAAUGUUUGUACCAAACAUCCACUUUCCAGCCUAUAAAAAAGAACCUUGUCUGUAACUCUCAACAAGUCAUCUUACAUAACACUGAAGAUAAAGCAGCAACAAUGCUGGCACUACCUAAAGUAGACAGACAUAGAGAUUCUGUUGCUGCAGACUUCCAUGUCCAUUAUGAAAACAAUAACUGUACUGAUGACAUGCACCAGCUGCCACCUGAUCAUGAUGCUGAAUCUGCAAAGAAAUUGGCUACUGCUGCUACUCCACAUUGUGGUUCAUCAAAUGUGCUAGAAGUGCUAGUUGAAGGUAAUGUUGGAAACCUCAGUAUCAAUAGAAGUGUUUCAGGAAGCAACAAUGGAAGCAAUGGCCAAAAUGGGGGCAGCACAGCAGUUAAUGCUGGAGGAAAAAACAUGGAAAGCGACAAUGGACUCCCUGGGAAUAGUGGCAGCGGCGAUGCUAGUGGAAGUAGAAGUGCCUACAGAGUAGAUCAAAACAAGACUUCUCAAAGGGAAGCAGCCUUAACUAAAUUUCGCCAAAAGAGAAAAGAAAGAAAGGAGAGGUGCUUUCAUGAAAAGGUAACAGUCCAUAGAGUACUUAAGUUCGAUAUCAGAGCAGAAAGAAGUUAGCUGAACAACGACCUCGAUUUCGUGGACAAUUUAUUCGACAGUCUUCUAACGAAAAGACAAGUGAGGCAACGACAGAGUGAUUCUGAUUCAGAGCAUUUGCCACAAUGCCAUAGUGAUGGAGAUAUGCGAGGAAAGGUCGACAAGUCUUCAUGUAGAAUUUGGGGAUUGUUUGUGUUCAUGUAUAAUGACUUUGGUUAUUCCAACUCAUUUGGAACCUGAAUUAAUUUAUGUGGUGAGAGAUUGUCAUGCUGGUUGAUGACAGGAUAACUUGUAGUCAGUACCCAAUUUCAAUAACUUUUUCGAUGAUCUUGUGCUUGAACUAUUAAA